AUGUUCCCCACUUUUAGCCUCUUUUCUCUUGCUCUGUUGGCUGCGAAAGGCGCCAUUGGCGCAUUGCUCACGGAUCCCACGCAAUUGACGACCACUACAUACGACUACGUUAUUGUUGGAGCUGGAACGGCUGGAAGUGUUCUUGCAGCUCGUCUUACAGAGGACGCCCAUGUCAGAGUCCUGGUCGUCGAAGCAGGAAGGAGUAACGAAGGACCUGACAAUGCCAAUAUUCGUAUUCCUUUCAAUGCACCGCUAGCUAGCCCGGGCACUUCCUUCGACUGGAACUUUACGACAGUUGAUCAGCCGUCCUUGAACAAUGAGCCUGAACCAUAUCCUCGUGGAAAGGUCUUGGGCGGCAGUAGUUCCAUCAACUAUAUGGUCUACACUCGCGGCUCAGCCGAUGACUACGACAGAUUGGCUGCAAUAGCUGGUGAUGAUGGGUGGACUUGGGAAAAUCUCCACCCCUACAUCCUCAAACACAGUAGCAUCGUUGCUCCAGCCGAUGGACACGACACUACUGGAGAAUUCGACCCUGCUUGGCAUGGAAAUGGUCCUCUCCUUACCUCGGUAGCUGGUUAUCCUGCGGUUAUCGACCCUUUGGUCAUCGGUACUACUCAAGAGGCGGCUGAAUUCCCUUACAAUGUUGACGGCAACUCCGGGAACCCGCUCGGCAUCAGCUGGGCGCAAUCUACUAUUGCCAAUGGCACCCGACAAAGUUCCGCAAUCGCCUAUCUCUGGCCAGCCCUGAACAGACCCAACCUAGAUGUGUUAAUCCAUACUCAAGCCACUCGCCUCAUUCAAACCGGACGAACUGGUGCAACACCUAUUUUCCGUUCUGUUGAAUUUGCUACUGGACCCUCUGCUCCGCGAUUCCGCGCCACAGCUCGACGGGAGGUUAUCCUCUCUGCGGGUUCCGUUGGAACACCUCAACUCCUCCAGCUCAGCGGUAUUGGCAACAGGGACGCCUUAUCUGCGUUGGGCAUCAACACAAUUGUCAACAACCCAGACGUCGGCGAACAUCUCCAGGACCACCCUUUCAUCCCACUCCAAUGGGAAGUGACCAGCAACGAAACCUUUGAUCAACUCUUCUAUAAUGCCGACUUGUCCGCUGCUGCCCUCAACCAAUGGAAUACCGACCACACAGGCCCUCUUUCAACUAACCCAGUCAUGAACCACAUUGGCUUCCUCCGAAUCCCAGAUGACAAUGCUAUCUGGCAAGAGAAUGAAGACCCAUCUGCCGGGCCCAACUCCCCUCACUACGAGAUUGCAUUCGGAAACUGCUUCGUCACCACUUCGGCUCAAACUGUUCCCUCAUCCGGCGGCUUCAUGACCAUCACGCCAAUCGUUGUCUCGCCAUCCUCUCGUGGCUACGUACGCCUCAGCACCAGCAACCCGUUCGACGCGCCAUUGAUUGACCCAGGCUUCUUUUCUGACGACCUCGACAUGGCCAUCAUGAUCGAGGCUGUCAAAGCAUCUCAACGCUACGUUGCGACUUCUUCGUGGAGCAACUUCAUCAUCGGCCCUUACAUUGACUCGGCCAACACCACCACACCUGAAGGCAUCAUUGAGUACACUCGCCAGCGUACAGCGACCACACGCCACCCGACGGGUACCGCACAAGUCGGCAAGGUCGUGAACGGCGAUCUGACCGUUAAAGACAUAAGCGGUGUCCGCAUCGUUGACGCCUCGAUCUUCCCGCAUGUUCCAUCGGCCCAUACUCAGGCCCCUACCUACAUUAUUGCUGAAAGAGCUGCCGACUUGAUCAAGGCUGCCUACCACUGA